AUGCAAUCUAUUUCUCGCAAAGCUGAGCUUCCCACUCUGAACGAAAUGACAGCACGCUCACAGACAUCUGGACAACGUACGCGGCUUCGCUCCGUCCCGGCCGAGGAGAUGCAUGACCUUCUCUGCGUGGGAUUCGGUCCGGCCUCGCUGGCCAUCGCCAUUGCGCUCCAUGACGCCAUGGACCCGGCUCUGACACGAACCGCCUCGACCUCCUCCUUCGCGCCCAAGGUGGCCUUCCUCGAGCGUCAAACCCAGUUUGCCUGGCAUGCGGGCAUGUUGGUGCCCGGCUCGCGCAUGCAGAUCUCCUUCAUCAAGGACCUGGCUACUCUGCGAGACCCUCGCAGUAGCUUCACCUUCUUAAACUACUUGCAUAACAAGAACCGAUUGGUGCACUUCACCAACCUGGGGACCUUCUUGCCGGCGCGGAUGGAGUUUGAAGAUUAUAUGCGCUGGUGUGCGCAGCGUUUCGAGGAUGUGGUGAGCUACGGCGAGGAAGUCGUCGAGGUGGUGCCUGGAAGCAAAACCGACGGCGUGGUGGAUUACUUCAUCGUGCGAUCUCGGAACUCGGCGACGGGGAAGAUUUCCUCGAGGAGAGCACGAAAAGUGGUUGUGGCACUAGGUGGUAAACCUAAAAUGCCCCCGGGGUUCCCCCAGGACGCUCGCAUCAUGCACUCGUCCAAGUACUGCACAGGGCUGCCCAACAUUUUGAAGAAUGAGUCUGCUUCAUACAACAUCGCCGUGGUGGGAUCCGGACAGAGUGCCGCGGAGAUCUUCCAUGACUUGCAACGCCGGUAUCCCAAAUGCCGCACAACAUUGAUCCUACGCGAUACCGCACUGCGGCCGAGUGAUGAUUCUCCUUUCGUCAACGAAAUCUUCAACCCCGAGCGCGUCGAACAAUUCUACCAACUUCCCCAAGACGAACGUCACGCACGCAUCGCCAGGGACAAAGCCACCAAUUAUUCCGUCGUCCGUCUAGAACUCAUCGAAGAAAUCUACAACGCCAUGUAUCUGCAACGCAUCCGCAACCCUGACGAGUCUACCUGGCAACAUCGCAUCCUGCCCGAACGCAAGGUCGCUCGCAUCGAGCACCAUAACCCCAACAGUCCCAUGCGCAUCCACGUCCAGUCCGUGAACGAAGACGACACCGCCCACAACGAGACCUUAGACGUCGACGCCCUGAUGGUAGCCACGGGCUACCAGCGUGAUGCCCAUGAGCAACUCCUGGAGCAAGUGCGCGCCCUCCGACCAGAAGGUCAAUCAGCCUGGUCCACGGGCAGAGACUACCGCGUAGCAUUGGACGAGAGCAAAGUCAGCCCCGAUGCAGGAAUCUGGUUGCAAGGAUGUAACGAAAAGACGCACGGUCUGAGCGACAGUCUGCUGUCCAUUCUCGCGGUGCGAGGUGGCGAGAUUGUCAAUUCUGUCUUUGGCGAUGAAUUGACUGGCGUUUCCGCGCAGGUGCAGGACACCCCAAUUCGGGCAAUGCUAUGA